AUUUUCUGUUUUUGCGCAGAUUUCGGAACGCAGAGGAGGCCGCAAGGAAGGCGGGGGGCAAGGCGACGUCAUUGAACGCAUAGAUCCCGGACGACGCAGCCAUAGAGCUGUUGUCCGGGACGGAGAACAACAACAGCAACAGGAGGAGGUGGAGGAGGCGGGCGGAGAUCGGACUACGGACUUCAAAAGACACCCACGCACCCAAGCAUUGCGACCUCAUCGCGCAGCAAAAUGAUCUCAAACAAAAAGUCGUACGCUAUGAAAAUGCUGCAGCUGGCUCUGGCCUUGAGUCUGCUGCACUACAACCCGGACUACCUGCUCCAUCGCUGGGACUCGCAGCUGGAACUGGGCACCCACGGCGAUGGAUGGGAGCUGGAGAUGCUGCGCUCGGUCCAUCGGCUGGAUAUGGAUCAAAACCCGUAUGGAAAUCGAAAGGGACUCAGUCCGCGGAUCGAGGAUCUCCUCAACUUCGACGAUCCCUCGUCCUUGGGCGGCGUGGGAAACGGAAUGGGGGAGUACAAGCUUCCGCCGAGUUUCAAUGGCAGCACCUUCGUGAUGAAUCUGCACAACACCACCGGGAAUAGUAGUGUCCAGACGGCAGCUCUGCAGGAUGUGCAGAGCAAUAGUGCUGGAGCCACUGCCAGUUCGGUGGUGGUUGGCGCAGGUGGUGCCCCCACGUCCGGUGGUCCAACGAGUGGCUCUGCAUUGGGAGAAAUCCACAUUGACACCGCCUCGCUGGCCGCUGGCAAUGCAAACCAUACGCUGCUCCAUCCGCCGCCUGAAUUGGACAUCUUCCUGUCACCGCAUUUACUGCAGGAUCAGCGUUCCAUUUGGGAGCAAAAUCUAGCGGAUCUCCAUGACUACAACGAUCUGAAUCUGCAGGCCAGUCCCUAUGCAAAUCUACCUCUUAAAGAUGGCCAGCAACAGCCGCCGAAUAGCUCGCAUCUGGAUCUUAGUUUGGCGGCACUUCUCCACGGUUUCACCGGCGGCAGUGCCACGCCCCUGGGCCGUGAUGCCGCCCUUAACGACAGCACGCCACAUCCCAGGAAUCUGGGCAGUGUCACGAAUAACUCGGCCGGAAGGAACGAUGAUGACGGCGAGGAGAGCCUCUAUCUGGGUCGCCUGUUUGGACAGGACGAGGACGAGGAGUACGAGGGCGAGAUGGCCGGAGGGGUGGCCAACGCCUGCGAGGUGGAGGGUCUGACCACCGACGAGCCCUUCGGCAGCGCCACCUUCGCUAACGAGGUGGAAAUCGGAGACGAAGAGGAGGAGAGUGAGAUCGCUGAGGUGCUGUACAAGCAGGAUGUGGAUUUGGGCUUUAGUUUGGACCAGGAGGCGAUCAUCAAUGCCUCCUACGCCAGCGGCAAUAGUGGAGCCACCAACGCCAAGUCGAAGCUUGAGGAUGAGGCCAAGUCCUCGGAUCCCUCGAUGUCGGAGUCUGGCGUUUCCAAGGACACCAAUGUGGGCGCCGAGAACGAGGCGAGUGGCGCCUCUGCCGACGAUAUUGAGAAGUUGAAAGCUCUGGAGGAGCUUCAGCAAGAUAAGGACAAGGACAAUGAGAAUCCCCUGGAGGACAUUACCAAUGAAUGGAACGGAAUACCCUUUACCAUCGAUAACGAAACUGGUGAAUACAUACGCUUGCCCCUGGAUGAGUUGUUGAACGACGUACUCAAGCUCUCUGAAUUCCCGCUCGAAGACGAGUUAUCCAACGAUCCGGUAGCCUCCACCUCGCAGGCAGCUGCUGCUUUGAACGAGAACCAAGCCCAACGGAUUGUAUCGGAGACUGGUGAGGAUUUCCUCGGUGCCGAAGGAGUUCCCAGCAAGCAGCGUAGAAUCGGUGCGGAGAACAAGGACAACGAUCCGGAGAAGGCUGACGAAGAUAGCUUCUCGGUGUGCGACUUCGAGGACCUCCAGAACUCUGUGGGCUCGCCCCUGUUUGACUUAGAUGAGGACGCCAAGAAGGAGCUAGACGAGAUGUUGCAAUCCACGGCUCCGCCCUACCACCACCCCCAUCCGCACCACGGCCAUCCCCAUGCUCAUCCCCAUAGCCACCACCAUGCGACAAUGCACCACGCCCAUGCCCACCACGCUGCUGCUGCAGCUGCCGCCCACCAGCGAGCGGUGCAGCAGGCCAACUACGGUGGUGGAGUCGGCGUGGGCGUCGGCGUCGGAGUGGGCGUGGGCAGCGGCACGGGCAGCGCCUUCCAGAGGCAGCCAGCUGCCGGCGGAUUCCAUCAUGGCCAUCACCAGGGCCGCAUGCCGCGUCUGAAUCGCAGCGUUUCGAUGGAGCGUCUUCAGGACUUUGCCACCUACUUCAGUCCGAUUCCCAGCAUGGUGGGCGGCGUCUCGGAUAUGUCGCCGUAUCCGCACCACUAUCCGGGCUACUCCUACCAGGCGAGUCCCUCGAACGGAGCUGCUGGUCCCGCUCCUGGCCAGCAUGGCCAGUAUGGCAGUGGCGCCGCUGCUCCCCUGCAGCCACCACCACCGCCGCCACCGCACCACGCGGCCAUGUUGCACCACCCGAACGCGGCCUUGGGCGACAUCUGCCCCACCGGCCAGCCCCACUAUGGUCACAAUCUUGGCUCGGCAGUCAGCUCGAGCAUGCAUCUGACCAAUUCCAGCCACGAGGCCGAUGGGGCAGCCGCUGCUGCCGCCGCCUACAAGGUGGAGCACGACCUUAUGUACUACGGGAACACUUCUUCCGACAUUAACCAGACGGAUGGCUUCAUCAACUCCAUUUUCACCGACGAGGAUCUGCACUUGAUGGACAUGAAUGAGAGCUUUUGUCGCAUGGUGGACAACAGCACCAGCAACAACUCCUCGGUUCUGGGCUUGCCCAGCAGUGGACAUGUCAGCAACGGCUCCGGCAGCUCGGCUCAACUCGGGGCGGGAAAUCCGCACGGUAACCAGGCCAACGGAGCAGCUGGCGGCGUGGGCCCAAUGAGUGGCUCGGCUGUGGGCACUGGAGCAGCGGGCAUGACCGCCGAUCUACUGGCCAGCGGCGGUGCAGGAGCACAAGGCGGUGCGGAUCGCCUGGACGCGUCCAGCGACAGUGCUGUCAGUUCGAUGGGUUCGGAGCGAGUGCCGUCCCUUUCCGACGGCGAGUGGGGCGAGGGCAGUGACUCCGCCCAGGACUAUCAUCAGGGCAAGUACGGCGGCCCCUACGACUUUAGCUACAACAACAAUUCGCGGCUGAGCACCGCCACGCGUCAGCCGCCGGUGGCGCAAAAGAAGCAUCAGCUGUACGGCAAGAGGGAUCCCCAUAAGCAGACCCCGUCGGCCCUGCCACCCACAGUUCCCCCAACAACUGCUACUGCAGCCCAAUCGCAAAGCAUCAAGUACGAGUACGAUGCUGGCUACGCCUCGUCGGGAAUGGCCAGCGGUGGCAUCAGCGAGCCAGGAGCGAUGGGACCCGCUCUAACUAAAGACUACCAUCAUCACCAGGCCUACGGCAUGGGAGCCAGCGGAAGUAGCUUUUCCGGGGACUAUACAGUACGACCAUCGCCGAGGACUUCGCAGGAUUUGGUGCAACUAAAUCACACCUACUCGCUGCCCCAGGGAAGUGGCUCGCUGCCCAGACCCCAGGCUCGCGAUAAGAAGCCCCUGGUGGCCACUAAGACAGCUUCGAAGGGAACGAGUGCCGGCGGCAGCAGUAGCAGUGCCGGUGGAAGUAGCAGCAGCCUGGAGGACGAGCAUCUGACACGCGAUGAGAAGCGUGCUCGAUCGCUGAACAUCCCGAUUUCAGUGCAGGACAUUAUCAAUCUGCCCAUGGACGAGUUCAACGAGCGAUUGUCUAAGUACGACCUAAGCGAGAAUCAGUUGUCGCUGAUCCGCGACAUUCGCCGCCGUGGAAAGAACAAGGUGGCUGCCCAGAAUUGUCGCAAACGCAAGCUGGACCAGAUUCUGACCCUCGAGGACGAGGUUAACGCGGUGGUCAAGCGCAAAACGCAGCUCAAUCAGGACCGCGAUCAUUUGGAGGGCGAGCGGAAGCGCAUCUCGAACAAGUUUGCAAUGCUGCAUCGUCAUGUCUUCCAGUAUCUGCGGGAUCCCGAGGGCAAUCCCUGCUCGCCGGCGGACUACAGUCUGCAGCAGGCUGCCGAUGGCUCCGUUUAUUUGCUGCCCCGUGAAAAGUCCGAGGGCAACAGCACGGCCACGGCUGCCUCCAACGCAGUUGCGUCGGCUGGAGCAGGAAGUCUGAAUGGCCAUGUGCCCCCGCAGGCGCCCAUGCAUGGCCAUCACAGCCAGCACGGAAUGCAGGCGCAACAUGUGGGCAGUGGCAUGUCGCAGCAGCAGCAGCAACAGCAGUCGAGGUUGCCGCCCCACCUGCAACAGCAGCAACAGCAUCUUCUGCAGUCGCAGCAACAGCAGCCGGGAGGUCAGCAGCAGCAGCAACACCGCAAGGAAUGAAAGUACCUGUUGCGAAUUGCCGCAACUAAGAGUUGGUUCACUAGCUUCCAGCGCGAGCAGCAGCAUCGAUCCGAGCAGCAGCAACAGCAGCAGCAGCAACAGUUCGAUUACCGCUACGACAUGUUGAACAACAGUUACCUGUACUACUGAGCGGCGACUUGGUUAUUCUUUUACUGAACUAUUAGCUGCCACGUG